AUGUUUCUCGGCAUUCCUCGAAUUAAUAAAUUUGUUAAUGCCGUGAAAGUUUCCCCAAUCGACGAUUUCACAGAUAGAUGCAAUUACUAUUACACCGUAUUGCUUUUCAUAUUUUUCACUCUUCUGGUUGGGACGAAGCAAUAUUUUGGUGAACCGAUAAAAUGUGCAGUGGAACAACAAGCUCCAGCGUCAUGGACAAGUUAUGUUCAUGAUUAUUGCUUCGUUAUGGAACGUUACAAGUUGACGCCACCGGAGUUCAUGAGUAGCGGUUUGGCUGAAUUUUAUACAAAAAGUGAUGAAUAUUACGAAAAUUACUACCAGUGGACUCCGUUUCUACUUCUUGUCCAGGCGUUUUGUUUUUAUAUUCCGCAUUUUCUUUGGAGAUCGUUGCAAAAACUAAGCAGUCUAGAUAUAGAAAUGGUGGUGGAAGAAGCAAUUGGUAUUCGCCAGCUUUUUGGAGAAGAGCGUCAGAAGGCUACCACCAAUUUAGCGAAAUACAUAGAACAGUCGUUAAGCGUCCCAAGCAAUCGUUGGUGUCGGCUUUUGUACUGUCCCUUAAAGGACAUUCUGCUAUGCAGUACUUGGUUGUACAUUGGCUCAAAGUUACUUAAUUCAGUUAACAUUAUCAUCCAGUUGAUGUUAAUUAGUCGCUACGUGGGAGAUGGAGGUUUCUUCUGGGGAAGAAGGUUUUUGGAGCAGCUGAUAUACGGUAUUGACUGGACUGAGACUGGACAAUUCCCUCGAGUUGUAUAUUGCGAUUAUGAAAUGGUUUCAACAGGGAAUGUUGAGAAAAAGAAUGUUCAAUGUACACUUACAAUCAACAUGCUUAACGAAAAAAUAUACUUAAUACUCGUAGUAUGGUUGUUUUUGCUUUCUAUCUGCACUAUCUCAAAUGCUCUUUUUACGGUUGUAAACGUAUUGGUACCGAGCUUACGCGAACGGCAGACACGUUUUUAUCUAAUGGCAUCUCUCCCAGCAGAUGAGGACGAUGAAUCUCUUGGUGCUCUCUACUAUAGUGAGUAUGAUAGUUUUCCUUCGGCGCUUUUUGUCACGAUGUUUAUAAUGUUUUCUGUUCAUGCUUUUAAACGUCGAAAUAAUUACAUUUCUCGACGUGAACAUGAGCUUUUACCUGAUCGUGGAAGUGAAAUUGAUCAAGACGAGUUGAAAUCAUUUUUUGGAAAUGAAAGUGAACGAACUUUACGUCAUUUUCUGCGUUCUGUUCUGGGUGUUGACGGUGUUCAAUUAUUACGCUUCAUGCACUCACAUGCAGGAACUAUGAUCGCUCGCGAUGUGACGUUUAUUUUGUGGGAGGACUUUUUGUGCGCGAAAAGGUCACAGAAUCAGUUCUGUCAGAGUAGGUCUAGAACUUUCAUUUUACUGAUGUUCGAUUCACUUUCAUAUGUCAUCCUAUACACCAGGUAA